GCCAUCAGUCAGUGGCGAACCGUCAACGCCGUAGCAUCGUUCGAUCCGCUGAUCCGCGAUGCGCGCGCGUGCAUAGUAUUUUGCCUCCAACGUCGCGACUACACCAGGAAAACAAGCGCAACAAACGUGUACAGUGAAUUCACGUACGCAUAUCCUCCGAUCUCUGUGUAAAAGAAGAUUCGUGCAAUGUCGUUUCGUUUCGCGCAACCCGUUCUUCAACGAUGCAGUCGUGCACGCGGACGACGCAGUUCCGACGACUGAUAUUCGUAGUGUCCAUGUGUUCGUACGGUGCGCUGGAUCCAGGGCUGAAGCACGGGCUUCGGAGGUCCUCGAGGUUCGGGUGAAAAAUGUGAAAGUUUGCCGAGAGAGUUUGGAAUUGUUAGGAAACUGUGUAGUUGAAUGCGGAAAGUUGAAGUCGAAAAGGAUUAUCGUGGUUAGUUUGUGUUAGUUGUUGGACUGAAGACGCCAGGAGCAGAGACGGCGAGAAAACGAGAAAGUAGAAAGAGAAAAGGACACGAGAAGCGUGGAAAACAAGAGAGAGACGCGAAAAGUGGAGCGAAGGAGAAAGAGAGUCGCUCCAGCGAACGUGCACACGUCCCGUUGUGACCUCGAUCCGCCAGCCAUGAGCGAGUUUCUCAUCCCGAUCCGAAGCCGCUCGGCUUAAAUAAGAGACAACGCGUUUAAAAGGCCCGUACUCGCGAGACUCUUGACGUUGGCCAUUUAACGCUGUCUCGCGCGAAGCGUCAAGGAUAAAUCGCGCCUGGGUCGUUCAGGACGUGAUCCGUUCCGGGCAGGUCAGGAGGAACGAGGUAGGAGAAUUUCGCGAGUGAAAAUCAUGAGUUUCUACUACGACUACUCAGCUGGCUGACGUUCUCAACGCGGCGCGCGUGCAACAGAGAAGGAGAGACGAAGCUGCUGUCCGCGCGGACCUCUCUUUCUGUCUCUCUCUCCGUCCCGCCGCUGCUGCGUUCCCUUUUGCGCGAUCGUGACCCCGUUUCUUCUCUGACCGACACUCCGCCGCUUGGCCGCCAUUAGCCGCGCCGAGGAAGCCCAGGAGGGAGAGAGAGAGAGAGGGACAGGGAAAGGAGAGUAACCGAGGCGGGACGAGGACCGAGCGUAGUCUCCCGUCGAGAGCCCCCGUGUCCACUGGCACCGCUGGUUGCGAAGAGAGGAGAGAGGGCCAAUCGAGGAAAAGCGACGCUGCCAAGCGAGAGGGGCCAUGGACUCUUGACAGUGAAUCGAUCCUCCUCUCGCGGCCUGACCUCGUAUCAUUUCCCUGCCGUAAUUUCGGUCGACGAACGAAUUAUCGAGGUCAACGGCUAGUGCCCGCGCUUGUAAACACUGCGGAGGAAGACACCGUGGCUCUCGAACCUAGGUGGCUCUUAAUCUCAGCACCGAUCCCCGUCCAGCCGUGUAAAAUGAAAUCGCGCGUGAUCCGGUCGAGUUAUGCCCGUCCCUGUCGACCAGUGCCGGCGUUAGCGACCUGGUGAGAACCGAAGGCGCGCCUCGUGGAUUUUUAAAGUGGCAACGAACAUCGAUACGGUGGAGAAGAUCGAGAAGCAGGAAGGCGAGAUGCUGCAGACGGUGCCCCGAGUGCCCGUGGCGGGCGUCCGUCGGCGUUGGGGCAACAGGCACGCGGGGAACCUGCAGGAGUCCAGCCCGGAAGUGUCCAGCAGCGGGGUACUCUCACCCCCGCCGAACUUCCAGCCCUCCACCCCGGAGAGCGCGGCGGUCAGGGCCGACGAGCUUCAGCUUUGGGACCUGGACCUGCACAGGGGCCUGCAGACCAACGGGGAUCACUACCGGGCGACCGUCACCGCCACCGCCACCACGACAGUGUUGCCAACCGCCGGCGAGCCCGCUUCGCCAUUCACCAGCCCCGUCGAAGGUAGGGACGAGUUGUCGCAGCCUGGGUCUUUGAACGGUUAUGGAAGCGGGGGUGGUGGAGGCGGAGGAGGCGGCGGCACCGACGGCUGCGACGCCAGGAAGAAGAAAGGGCCCACGCCUAGGCAGCAGGAAGAGCUGUGCCUGGUCUGCGGGGAUCGUGCCUCCGGGUACCACUAUAACGCCCUGACCUGUGAAGGCUGCAAGGGAUUCUUCAGGCGCAGCAUCACCAAGAAUGCGGUCUAUCAGUGUAAAUACGGGAACAAUUGCGAGAUCGACAUGUACAUGCGGCGCAAGUGCCAGGAGUGUAGGCUGAAGAAGUGUCUGACCGUUGGCAUGAGGCCUGAGUGCGUUGUGCCAGAGUAUCAAUGUGCUGUCAAGCGCAAGGAGAAGAAAGCGCAGAAGGAAAAGGACAAACCGAACAGUACAACGAUGAAUGGUUCACCAGGCAGCGUGAUACGCAGCGACCAAAUGGGUGUGAAGAUUGAACCAGCGGAAGCUGAAUCCUUGUCCACGUCUGGGAGCAGUGGUAUUCUAACACCCGUCAGCCCUUUCGGCUAUGUGAAACCCAUCAGCCCUGAACAGGAGGAGCUGAUACACAGGCUCGUUUAUUUUCAAAACGAGUACGAGCAACCCAGUGAAGAGGAUCUCAAAAGGAUCACACAUCAGCCAUCAGAGGGAGAGGACAUCAGCGAUUACAAGUUCAGGCAUUUAACAGAAAUCACUAUCCUGACCGUGCAGUUAAUCGUCGAGUUCUCCAAAAGGUUACCUGGCUUUGAUGAGCUCCUGCGAGAGGAUCAGAUAGCCCUUUUGAAGGCCUGCUCCAGCGAGGUGAUGAUGCUCCGGAUGGCGAGGAAGUACGACGUACAAACAGACAGCAUAAUAUUCGCCAAUAACCAGCCGUACACCAGGGACAGCUAUAAUGUGGCAGGCAUGGGCGAGACGAUUGAAGAUCUCCUGCACUUCUGCAGGCAGAUGUAUGCCAUGAAAGUCAACAAUGCAGAGUAUGCGUUAUUAACUGCCAUUGUCAUAUUCUCAGAGCGACCAAACCUCCUGGAAGGCUGGAAAGUGGAGAAGAUCCAGGAGAUCUACCUGGAGGCGUUGAGGGCGUACGUGGACAAUCGUCGCAGGCCAAAGUCCGGGACGGUGUUCGCGAAGUUGUUGUCGGUAUUGACGGAGCUGCGGACCCUCGGUAACCAGAACAGCGAGAUGUGCUUCAGUCUGAAGUUCAAGAACAAAAAGCUGCCACUAUUCCUCGCGGAGAUCUGGGACGUGACGCCCUAGUUCCCCCGUAGCCGGUCACCGGCGCCUGCGCCGAUCGGCUAACAGUGUUUAUAGUCCCCUGCGACGUCCGAAGACGACGCUGGAGCGCGGCAACGGACGACGAAGCAAACGUGGACGUGAGAAAACGGCGUGCGCGAUACACCUUGUACUAGUGCGCCACCAUGCCACUGCCUCGCCCCAGGGGCAAGCCCAGGUCGUCCCGAGCCUCGAGGCUCUUCGUCCAGGUCCUCUUCUGCGUCCGAGAGCCUCGAGGAGGCGAGACGAGCUCUUCGGAGCAGAGAUUACGAAAGGUUACGAAGGCAGUGGCGAGGCACCCAGGCUGUGAUACGUAGAGACAGUACAGAGACUGUAAUAAGGAGCUACCUACAGUUAUGUUAUUACUAUAUCCUCUACCUGGCUACCCCCGGAAUCGAUAUGUAAAUGUCUAAUGUAUAACGCGUAAGGUUCAGGCUAAGGCGCACGGGAAGAUUAAGAAUCUAAGAGAGUCAGGGAGCGUGAGAGAAAGAGAGAAUGAUUGUGUAUGCGUGCAAUUGACGGUAGGGUGAUCACCGAGUUUGGUAGGUGAUGGUCUGGGGCCAGCUGUUGAGCAGCGACCCGGCAAUCGAGUGCGAAGUAACAAACAAAAAGAAGAAUAACAAAUGAUACGAUUAUACAUAACGAUACCAUAGAGUCUAUAUCACACACAUAGCAUAAUAAUAUAUUGCUAGCAUGUACAUUGUUUAUACGAGAAAGAGGAGCGAGUUAGAAUGGGAUGGAGGAAUCGAUGGUCUUUGAAGGGUGUCGUGGAUCAGAGGUUGGGUCGAGGACUAGGCUUGGCAUUUGAGGAACGGCUGGAAACGAGGAUAGAGGAAACGUGGGAAUAACGUAGUAGAAACGUAGGAAGUAAGUAAAGUAAGUAAGCGAGGCUAGUUGGUAGUAGGUCGUAGUAAGUCAGCGAAGCUAGGCUAGGUGACCGAGUUCAAGUGCAAAGCCUUGUGCCUUCAGCAGCGGACAUCGGCUCACCGACAAAACGAAACCAUGAAAUUUAACCGUCCGUUUUAAUUUUUUAAUAUAAAGAAGAAAAAAAAAAUCAACAAAAUCAAGUAAAAUAUCGUAAAUCUGUGCGGAGAGAGAAUGAGAGAGAAUGAGAGGGAACGUGGGGUUAAUUAUUUAGAGAGAUUAGAGGGGGGAGGGGGAGAGAUAGAGUGAAUGGUAACCGAGCUGGGACAGGGAGAACGAGAAAUUCACGAGAACUGGAUGCGUGAGGGUUACAAACAAAGAUCUUUUCAAAGGAGAAACACGGAACAGGGUUGCUAAGGAUGUGGAGGGAACGUUUUGGGGUUGGAAGCAGAGGAAUCAGGAGGACUAUUCGCUAGGGACUCUGAGACUCGCCUAGACCCUGUGUAAUAUGCUAGCAUUAAAAACAAAAGGUGGCUUGGAGGCUGAGAACUCCGGAUACCCGACAGCUGGGUCGCCCUCUUAGAUAGAGACUCGUAACACCACCUGAGAAUAACAAACCACGCUCUUACACACACUCAAACUAUGUACACACUCCUAAACGUUGCGUUGGCUAAACCGCAAUCCACCCGUGGUGAUCGCUGGGUGGUCAGAGCGUCAAUAAUCGUAGCCCGAUUCUGGCACACACUCACACAGAGCAUGAUACACUAAGAUUCUGGAUGUUGUAACACUGUAACUCUAUGCUAUUAACUGAUUGUACGCAAUUGUAUUCCGUAGUAGACUCCAAACGCAGGUUUUAAGCAAAAGAAAACGAUAAGAUUAACGUAACAGAAGGGUGGAAAGUCGAGAUAGCAAAGCGGACAGUCAGAUAAGAGCGUCAGUUCCACGUAUAAGAACUACCAUCGCCUAGGCCGACUAGAAACACCGUAUAUAUGUGUGUGUGUGUAUAUAUAUAUAUACACACACACGUAUCGUGUUCUACUAUUGUAACGUUAUACCUGUUAAACGAAGCUAAAGCAAGCGACAUCGACCUCUGGAGCAGUGCGGACAGGAUGCCUCGAUAGGCACAGAAAGAUAAGGACUUAAACUCGCAAGGACUUGAACGCUUAGUAGAUUCAUCAAGGCCACUUUGGUCAAGGACCGAAGCAUUGCUCCAGGGAUCGACUAACGCCUGCAGACGUUUCUCAAGGAACAGUCGUUUUAGAAGACCUUCGACGCCUCGGAGUGACGUGGCAGACGACUAAAUGAUAAAACGUUAAGAGAACUGUACUCUAGGUAAAACGCCGCAAGGCUGACACUGCCACACCGCAGAGUGUACGCCAGAACACCACCAAAAGAACGUUGCAAGAAGCACGGAGCAGAGCUAUACGGCGGAGAGACAACCUGAGACGAGAAACGAAGAAAUAUCUCAUCACCGUCAUCAUCUUCAGACUCGACGAGAAGAUCGUACCAGGAACUGUCUUGAGGCGUUGCUGAUCUGGGCUAAGGUCGAACAGAGAUUCGACUCUCUUGGAGAAUAUUUCUGGCCACCAUCUGAGAAUAAUUAGAAAAGUUCGUGUAAAUGUAUGCUCACGGUGUCCACUGGCUGGUAUAUCAACACUUUGUCCAUCGGAUGGCUGUUUGAGGCUUCCUAAUUCCAUCGUUGUCUAUUUACAGUGUGUAAUUUGAGGAGACGAGGCUUUUGAUACACCUAGCAGAAGUUAAUAGUUAAUAAUCAAUAUGUACCGAUAGACACUCUUCUGAGUUGUAGAUUGUUUCUAAAUAGACCGGUGGACAAAGUCUUGGGUGGCUGCUGGUAACCGUAAGUAAUCCUUCAACGCAGUGUUUCAACUUUUCAUGGGAUUCGAGCAAAGAUGGACAAAGUUUCAUUUAAAAUAAUUGCACAAUUAUAUAAAGAACCAGCAAAGUAGAGGAUAUCUACCGUGAAACAACCAAGGCGCAAUUUGGUUUUUAACCAAAGUCCUGAAAUUGUCAGUUCUGAACGUCGUGUGUCCGACUGAAGAGAAUCUCUGGCUAGUUGGCAACACGUCGAGACAGGGGGAGACCUGAAGAGCGACUACGCAGAUAAACCAUUUUGCACGCACCUGUACUCCUCGUUGUUGUGCCACGCAUUCUUACAUCUUCCAUAUCGAGUGCUUUCAGGCAUCGUCGUUUUUGCAAGAGAAACCGUGAAAAAGGGGAGAGAGCGAAUGAAAAAGGGAAUACAAGAGGAGGAGCAAAGAAAUAUAUCGAAGACACACACACUGUGACGACAUUGCCUAUUGUAUACACAACUGAAGUAGCUUUGGACUCUAAAAUUCGUAACGAGUAAGGUUCGACGUUAAACUUCCUUUCGAUUCACUUUAGGUAAACGCUAUCUAUCUCGCUAGUUUUGCUCGUAACCCGGCACGUGGGUCAUAGGCAACGUCUCCCCUUUUUUAGCUGAUGACCCACAGCUUGGGUUGUGCAGAGGUUGGUCAGAACGUUGGGGUAAAGAUUGGCAAUAACAUCGAGUAAUUGGUCAGUUGGACGGACAGAGACGAGACUCGUAUUUAAAUAACAAUUUUAAAUGAAAAAAUAUGAAGUAGUCUUUUCAUUUUGGGGCAAGAAUUUUAGGUGGGGUGUUUUUUUUGUUUGCUCUAAGGACCGGUUUCACAUUAAUAUGGUAUAUUUAUUUGUAAUAAUUCAGCGAGGCUUAUUCGUGAUUAUCGAGCGAUUCACUAAGAUUUAUUCGCGAAUAACGAAUAAUUUCGACGACUUAUUCAUGGAUAAUGAAUAAUUACGACGAUCUACUCGUGAAUAGUUUCAACGAUUUAUUCGCGAAACGAAUAAGUCGGCGAGGUUAAUUCGCGAAUAACGAAUAAUUCAACGGGGUUUCUUCAUGAAUAACGAGUAAUUUCGACGAUUUAUUUGCGAAUAACGAGUAAUUCACCAAGAUUUAUUCGUAAAUUACGAAUAGUUUGAAGGAUUUAUUCGCGAACGAAUAAAUCAGCGAGGUUAAUUCGCGAAUAACGAAUAAUUCAACGGUGUUUCUUCAUGAAUAACGAGUAAUUUCGACGAUUUAUUUGCGAAUAACGAGUAAUUUACCAAGAUUUAUUCGUAAAUUACGAAUAGUUUCAAGGAUUUAUUCGCGAACGAAUAAAUCAGCGAGGUUAAUUCGCGAAUAACGAAUAAUUCAACGGGGUUUCUUCAUGAAUAACGAGUAAUUUCGACGAUUUAUUUGCGAAUAACGAGUAAUUCACCAAGAUUUGUUCGCGAAUAACGAAUAAUUUCGACGAUUUCUAGUCGUAUCUUAUUCGAAUAUUAUUCCAAGCAUAAGGCCGAUCUAUACCACCACCGAUACGCGAGCAAUGGCCGAUGAAAAAGCGAAAUGGCGCGAAACUUGAACCGCCUGGAGCAAGCCCCCUCGCCCCCGUCCCCCCACAAUCGCGCUUUGCAGGUUUCACGUCGAGACGCUCAGGAAUCAAGGUGAACCGCAUACUUCGACAAAUGAAAAACCGGUCAUACGUUACUCGGCGAGGGAACGACAGAAUGAAAGCAAAAGAAACGUGCGUAUGUGUGCGUGUGUGUGUGUGUGUGUGAAAGAGAGAGAGAGAGCGAGAGAGAAGAGUGGGGGUGGGGAGUGAAAGGAGCAAAAUGGAUGGCAAAGCGAGGGAGGGAGAAACCGUACACGGACAGACACACAAACACAAACACAACGCGACAUGCAGAGUCACGGAACACAGACAAAAGAAAAGAAAUAAAAUAAACAAAAACGGAGGGAAAAAAAAAGGAAAACACGCAAUUCUACGAUCACUGCCAAUGGCGUUAACCGUUGACGUCGAUUUUCUCAUUGUCUUAAAUGUCGUAGCCGUUUAUUUCCCCGCGCCCAUUCGACGCUAACCGCUGAAAAAAAAAAGAAAAAGAGAAAAAAAAGCACGAUUAUUAUACAAAAUAAGGAAGAAGAAAAAUGAAGAAGAUGAAGAAACGAAGACACUACCACGCGCGUUCGCAGACGACACAGAGAUGUCGAGGAUGAACCGAAGAGGAUGAAAAGAAACAAAACGGAAGACAAAACCAACAAAACGGAGCGUAAAAGAGAAGCGGAAAGAAAAUGGAAAAAAAAAACAGAUAAAAAAUAUAUUAUUAUAUACACACACUUGCGCGCUCGCUCGAUUUCGAAUUUGCCAUUCGACGAGGUAGAGCGAGCGAUUUGUUCAUGAUACUGCCAACUCGAGUUUCUGUGUUUUUUUAAGGAACAACUAUAAUACUCCUUUAAAACGUGUCGAGCCACACGUUGCAUACAAUCAGACACACAAGCACACACGCACACAUACACGCAUAUACACACAUACACACACGCCGAACAUAAAACUCACACGCGCCACGCAUGUUGUUUAAUCCUUUGUGGUCCAGAUAUUCUGACGCCCCACUGAUGUCGAGCCACGCUCGACGUACGACCGCGAGGGGUUAACGGUACCGUAUACACGCGAUCGUGCCACGAUCUCUCUUGUCUGUCUGUUUGUCCGCUCGGGGUACCCUGAUCUGUCCGUUUCUCCUAGGUGUCUCCUUUGCCUGUGUGUACAUAGACAAUUAUUCGACGCAAUUUAUUCGCGUUCACGGUGACGAAUAACGAGGUCCGGAAAUUCCAUUAAUCGCGUUCGAUUGUUAUACAGAGCUGUCGGCAACGCUUGAUUUGCGAAUAACCGAACAAAACGUCACAGAUUUAUUCUUGAAUAACGAAUAAGGUAUCGACGUGUUUAUUCGUGAGUAACGAAUAAGACGUCUUCGUUUAUUCGAAAGCGACGAAUAACGAUUUCAUUCAUCGAUUUAUUCGAGAAAGGUUAUGAGAAAGGUUAUUCGUUGUUCUUGAAUGAUUUCAGUUUAUUCGUAACGUUUAUUCGACUAUUUAUUCGAGAGCGACGAAUAACGAUUUCAUUCAUCGAUUUAUUCGAGAAAGGUUAUGAGAAAGGUUAUUCGUUGUUCUUGAAUGAUUUCAGUUUAUUCGCAACGUUUAUUCGACUAUUUAUUCGAGAGCGACGAACAAUGAUUUCAUUCAUCGAUUUAUUCGAGAAAGGUUAUGAGAAAGGUUAUUCGUUGUUCUUGAAUGAUUUCAGUUUAUUCGUAACGUUUAUUCGACUAUUUAUUCGAGAGCGACGAACAAUGAUUUCAUUCAUCGAUUUAUUCGAGAAAGGUUAUGAGAAAGGUUAUUCGUUGUUCUUGAAUGAUUUCAAUUUAUUCGCAACGUUUAUUCGACUAUUUAUUCGAGAGCGACGAAUAACGAUUUCAUUCAUUGAUUAUAUUCGUAUGAGAAAAGGUUAUUCGUUGUUCGUUGAAUGAUUUCAAUUUAUUCGCAACGUUUAUUCGAAUAUUUUACUCGAGGCAGAAUGAAUUUCAUUCGAUUCGAUUUGAUUUUGAGCUUUUAUUCGUAAUUUUAUUCGAUUAAUUUUUGCAAUCGAAUAUUUAUUUAACGAAUAAUACCAAUCACGUAUCAAAUUAGGUCACGUGGGUCAGAUUAGGUCACCGUGAACGCAGUCACCUCUCUCGUUGACCUUACAAAUAAGAGGAAAAACAAUUAUAAACACGGUCUGCGUUUGUAAUCAGCCGAACCGACGGUUGAAACGGUAUUUUCUUAUUGGAGGCAACGUCGGCCCUGCGAGAGCGAUAGAGAAAGCGAGUGUGUGUGAUUGAGACGAAGGUUCUUGUUAUUAAUCAAGAUGGAGGUCGUUUAAUUUAUUGGAAGCUGUAGAAAAAAAAGAAAAGUAAAAAAACGAAAACGGAGGAAGCUUAUACGCUGAAGAUUAUUAUAAAUAAAGUUAAAUGAUUAUACUUUGUUAUAGCAGUUUACAUGUUAUUUUUCUCGGUUACACGCGAACGGCACGGUUGUUUCGUUCUUUUUGCUGUUGUUCUCUCUUAUUAUUUUUUUUUUUCUUUUGAAAAUUGAAUUGUACAUAACGUUUGUAAAGGAACCCUGAGAAUUUUCAUCGCGCGAUAAUUGAUUGCUGGACAUUUGCCCCAGUCGGUGACGCACCGUGGGGUGAAAAAAUGGCGGCUAGUGUAGAUGGCGCCACCCUUCGAGCAAUUUUAAGUCCUUCGCGAGGACUGGCCCUUUUCUUACCGUCGCAAUUUUAUUAAAAAUUCGAGAGUCUUUCUCAGCAAACAUUUUUAGCACGUUCAGAGAAUUAAUUAUAUUAGCCAGGUGCAUCAAAAUUUAUUAUUUAUUAUAUUUCUACUUUUUUAAAACCUUCGAGAUUCGCUCGAAACGUGCAAUUAUCGAGUUGGCGAAACAGCAAUAAGCUACGCGGAAUGUAUUUAAAUGAAAAAGAGAGGAAAAAUGAAUCGCAAAUAUUGUCGUAAUUAAGUUUUUGUUCCGUUAGUAAUUAACAGUAAUUAACAAGAGCUGACAAAAUUUUCGGGGCUGCCCACCACUAGCACACCAAAGUACUACGACGUUCGUGAAUAUAAAACGUACAAAAUUUUUAAUCGACGAUACACUCGGCGUUGAUUUUACUAUAAACAACGUAAAAUAAAUAUUAGAAGUUAAUCGUCGCUGCUAGGCAUAUAUACGAAUAAGUCUGAGGAAACGAUAAAUCUAAUAAUCUAAACGAAACAGAUAAUGCUGAGAGAGAGAGAGAGUGUGAGAGAAUGGACGAGAGGAGUGGGAGUACAGCGGGAGUGUGGGGGAGGGAGGGAGAGGGAGUAAGUCAGGAAUUUACUAUAUUAUAAUACCGAUAAUUGUACAAAUUGUCCCCUCGGUUUUUCCCAACCAGGAGAAAAGAUAUGCGUCGUUGUUUGUCACUUUAGGACCUGCCCUCGUCGGAUGUGCACCCGGUCGACUUACUACUACUACUACUGUUACUCCUAUUAUUACUAUUACUGCUACUGUUACUGCUGCUAUUACUACUACUAAAACACACACACACACACACACACACACACACACAAACUUUGUACUUGCAGCACUCGCAAAUGCACGUACGCGCACACACGUACUCAAACCAACACACACACAUACACAUACACAUACACACAGAGAGAGAGAGAGUGAGAGAGAGGCAAACAGAUUCGUGGGAUCGGUCGAGAAACAGUAGUUCUCAUUCACCAUCCAAUAAUUUUGUUUAGUCAUUAUUUGCACGAGCAUUAAUUCAAAAAAAUUACAACAAUUAUUUAGAGAAAAGAAAAUAAUUGUCGCCUUAACGAAGGGAAAUACCGACACAGAUUAUAUUGGAAUUCAUGAUCUAAUAUCCGAACGAUAAUUAGGUACCUCUGUCGAGAGUGGAACGCAAAGAAAAGUUACCGAUCUCGUCAAGUUCAUCGAAUUCGGGUUCCCCCCCGAUCGGCCACGACACUGUUACACACACACAGCGUACACACGUUUCGAAGAACAUGAAAAAAAGCACACGAAAAUGCGUCUUGUAUCUUCUACUAGCAUCUAUAUACAUACUAUACACGUUAAUUGUAAAAAUAAUUCGAAAUUAAUUGUUAACGCGAGAGAACUCGGUGUGGAAAAAUUAGGCGGAAACGGCUCCUUUUUUUUCAGGCGUGCGAAUUGGAUUAUUUGGGCGUUUUGCAGGGUUUUGUCGUGGGGAAAAAAUGGCGGCCGAGCACGCGGACUCGGCCAUAUCGGAAACGAAACUAUUGACUAAUUGGUGCUUUCGGAAUGUAUUAGACUGAAUUAUUGUUGUACGUUUUAAAAUCGAUAAAAAAAAAAAACGAAAGAUACGCGAGGAACGGAAAAAAGAAAUUCGCGGAGGAAAUACAAAAUUUUGGGAGUUUUUGCCCCCACACGCGUUUCGAUUAACUAAUCGGUAAAUAUUAUUUCUAUUUGGAGCGUUUUAUAUAUACGAUAUUAUUAUACUGUAUAGGUUGCACACUUACACGUACACAUGUACACGUACACAUGUACACGGUAUUAAUUCGUACAGUGAUGGGAAUCAAAUCGCCUUUGUGAUUGGAAAGUUAUUAAUAAGAAUGUUGUUUUAAGAAAUUUGUCGAGAAUUCGUUGCCUGCUCCCCCCCCCCCCCCAAAGGUUAAGAAUCUUUCAAGUACGUUCGCUACGUGUCGCGUCGGACUGUUCUGGUUUACGAUUCGUCGGUGACCUUGAGCGGCCGCUUUAUUCGGCACCGACGCGCGCCAGGGGCGUACGACGAACUCCGGGGGCCCCGUUUCUCGAACAGGGGGCGGAGGGGGGCCAAGGAGCAAAAUUCAGCCUUCGAUUUCGUAGAAAUUCUGCGGCGACGCUUGUGAUUCUAGUAGAUUAGGUUUGUUGAACUCGAUCGAUUCGAAACUCAAAAUUGACAUUUUUAGGGGUUACUUAUCGGUAUCGUGGGCUCGUUGUUUCUCUUUGUUGGCACCGGGGGACGCUCUAUCAGGGAUAAUCGACUGUUAAAAAUAAAAUUAAAAAAAAUUACGUCAGUGGUUCUCAACUUUCGAUGCGGCGCGGAAUCAUAACUUAUCGCUAAAACUCGAAAUUUGACAUUUUCUCAAAUUUCCCUGACGGCAUGAGAACCACUGCUAUCGUUGAAUCACGAAAUCUGACAACUUCACACGUCGAAAAGAAACUUUAAAGAUCGAGCGUCCCCGAUGAAGCGCGCUCGAAAUUUUUACUAGGAGAAAUUUAUCUAAUUAAUGAAAUUUGGACAUUUCGUGGCGAGAGAAUUUUGAUUAUAUUCGUUGGUAGCUGAGAGGGAAGUGUCGCGAUUCCCACCACUAAAUUCACACACGUGUGUAUGCAACAUGAAUUUCAAAAAGAGAGAAUAAAAAUUACCAUCAUUCGGAUACUUUGUAUGUACAUCAAUUAGAGGUUAUGUUUGAACGAAUGUGCCUGUGCGUGUGUCAUGUCUGCGGCUGCUUGUGUGCGUGUGUCGAGGAGGAUGGGUGCGAGAGAGAGAAAGACUCGGCGUGCACUCCGCCCGAAACGCGCGGGAAAGAGGGGGGGGAGUGAAAACUUCGUGCGGAAGAAUUUUUCGAACAUUGGCAAUGGCGGCGGCGCGGUACGAUUUAACUCGCCCGUAUACGUUUAAUAGAAGUUACAUGAACGUAGAUAUCCGUUAGGCACGCGCGAAUGGCGCCACUGUCUGUGCGAUUAUUCGAAAAUUCGAGAAAUUUUGCGAAAACUUUUUGGAAUGCUGAAAUUGGCAACUUCGUCAAAGAGGUGCACCGUCGACGACACGAGAAACUACGAUAAUCGUUUCCAAGAAUAUAAUUCAAAACGUAAAAUUUACGUUUUCAAAAAUUCAAAAUUCAAAAUUUCUCAAAGUCGAAUUCGAUUCUCGAGUACGUUGAAAUCACGAAGCAUUGAAUCGUGGCAAUAAAAAAAAAAAGAAUUCGAUAUAUGCUGGGCAAUUUUGUAUGGAACGAUUUCGUAUUGAAAAUUCGAAAAUUCGAGAAAUUUGCGAAAAUUUUUGGAAUGCUGAAAAUAAAUUGGCAACUAUCGUCAAAGAGGUGCACCGUCGACGACACGAGAAACUAUAAUAAUCGUUUCCAAGAAUAUAAUUUAAAACGUAAAAUUUACGUUUUCAAAAAUUCAAAAUUCAAAAUUCCUCAAAGUCGAAUUCGAUUCUCGAGUACGUUGAAAUCACGAAGCAUUGAAUCGUGGCAAAAAAAAAAAAGAAUUCGAUAUAUGCUGGUCAAUUUUGUAUGGAACGAUUUCGUAUUGAAAAUUCGAAAAUUCGAAAAAUUUGCGAAAAUUUUUGAAAUGCUGAAUAUAAAUUGGCAACUAUCGUCAAAGAGGUGCACCGUCGACGACACGAGAAACUGCGAUAAUCCUUUCCAAGAAUGAGAAAUUUUCCGAGUAAACGUAAACUUUACGUUUUCAAAAAUUCAAAAUUCAAAAUUUCUCAAAGUCGAAUUCGAUUCUCGAAUGCGUUGAAAUCACGAAGCAUUGAACCGUGGCAAAAAAAAAAGAUUGUACAAUAUAUGCCGGUCAAUUUUGUAUGGAACGAUUUCGUAUUGAAAAUUCGAAAAUUCUUUUUUUCGGUCAUUUCUAGGGAACUUUUGAAAAUCGAUGUUGCAGCUCGUGUCGUUGUCGAAAGAUCCUCAAGUUCCUAACUGAAACCAUAAUUUGCACGUCGACUGUGGCGCCAAAUGAAACCUCUGGGAAUACCCGAGAAAUAAAGAAAUAGAAUCGGAGAACGGGUUACAUUGUUAAAGCGAGAAAAAGCAACGAGUUUGUACGCUCGAAGUUGUCUAGGAAUCUAGGGACUCUAGGGAGUUCCUGGAGGGCCGUUUCGGGUAUUUCAUGGUGGCGAGUUGUGCGCAGACGCGCGAGAAACUCCCCGUUAUUCGCGCAUGCCUAGUAACUUACGUAUUUUCUGCGAUGGGCAUGCGAGGAGCCAUAUAUACAUCAACAAUAUUAUAUUCUAACGAUUACUAAUUAAUAAUGUACAAUAAUUUUAACGAUUGCUGGACGCUGAAGUCUUUAAAGCAUUAUAAACAGUGUUGCACGAUGAAGGUUUGCGCGGUACCGGUGCGAGAGAGAGGGAGAGAGUGAGAAAUAGCGACGAAACGUAUCCUGAGUGAACAGUAAGACGAAGAUAGAGAGCUAAACCGGACGGAAGUAUAUGUAUUUGUUUUUUUGAAAUCAGUGCGUAUCUUUUUUUUGGCGGGAAAACGAGGCGGGAAUUAUAUUCUGGGAAAGGAUGGAGGAGCGUUGUUGCCGGCUUGUGUUUCACGGGGCCGCCAUAUUGGCGUUGUGUUCUUUCGAACCAUUCACGUCGCCUUUCAGCGAUUCGAAGAAUUUUUAACCGGGCAGAAUUUUGCAAAAAUAUUUAUACCUUUUUUUCCCCCAAAAACUUCGAGUCUCUCGAGUAAUCGCGUGCGAUUUGAAUUCCAAUUAUUCGACGGAAUUAUUCGCGUUCACGGUGACGAAUAACGAGGUCCGAAAAUUCCAUUAAUCGCGUUCGAUUGUUAUACAGAGCUGUCAGCAAAGUUCAUUUGCGAAUAACCGAACAAAACGUCACAGAUUUAUUCUCGAAUAACGAAUAAGGUAUCGACGUUUAUUCGUGAGUAACGAAUAAGACGUCUUCGUUUAUUCGAAAGCGACGAAUAACGAUUUCACUCAUCGAUUUAUUCGAGAAAGGUUAUGAAAAAGGUUAUUCGUUGUUCUUGAAUGAUUUCAAUUUAUUCGCAACGUUUAUUCGACUAUUUUACUUGAGGCAGAAUCAAUUUCAUUCGAUUCGAUCGCGUCCAAUUUGAAUUCCAAUUAUGCAACGCAAUUAUUCGCGUUCACGGUGACGAAUAACGAGGUCCGAAAAUUCCAUUAAUCGCGUUCGUUUGUUAUACAGAGCUGUCAGCAAAGUUCAUUUGCGAAUAACCGAACAAAACGUCACAGAUUUAUUCUUGAAUAACGAAUAAGGUAUCGACGUUUAUUCGUGAGUAACGAAUAAGACGUCUUCGUUUAUUCGAAAGCGACGAAUAACGAUUUCAUUCAUCGAUUUAUUCGAGAAAGGUUAUGAAAAAGGUUAUUCGUUGUUCUUGAAUGAUUUCAAUUUAUUCGCAACGUUUAUUCGACUAUUUUACUCGAGCCAGAAUGAAUUUCAUUCGAUUCAUCGGUUUUUGAGGACAACUUUUCGAGUCUGCGACAUCGUGAAAUUUGGCGCGCAACGAAAUUCGAUCUUUUUUUUUUUUUUUUUAACGAAAGCUUGCUCGAAGACUUUAUUAUUUCGAAAAAUUCUUGUUAUCGUUUUAAAUGCAAUACUGUGAACCUCAACGAACAGGGGGGGGGGACAACCCCCCUGUAUCUUUGGGGGCGGAGGGGGGGGAUUUGACAACUCUUCCAGGGCGGUUGCAAUAAAUUUCUCAUAAUAUUCCGAAGAUUCUCAAGAAUUAUCAAAUUUUAUUCUAAAAAAUUAAGACGAUCAAGAAAGUCACGAAAAUAUUGCCCGGAUCAUUUUCCCGUAACCCGAAAUCGCCCUCGAAGGGGUCGGAAGGCGAACCCUAAUCAAGUACAAGCGAGAAAGGAAGUGUUGAAGAAGAAAGACAAAAACAAAAAAAGAAAAGAAAUGAAAUAAACGAAAAGAGUUGAAUAAUCUCAACGCCAAUCCAGCGUCGAAUAUGAAAUCGUUAAAGAAUUUAUUUUCCUGAGAAUCCGCGAGGCGUUCAAAGUUUAUAUUAAUAACAACCAAAACGAAAAAGAGUAUUUAUUUUUCUUACACAGUAUUGCAAGCCUUUUUCAUUAAGGGUUUGAGGGGUGGAGGUGGCAGGGGGAGGGGGGGGGGGAGUGGCCGGUGACCGAAAGAUUCACCUCCAAGUUCGAGGGAAAAUAACAUUCGACGAAAACGAGAUACGGAGACGCUAGGUGGCGGAACCGUCGCCUCCAAGGUCGGCCGGCUUCGCCGCCAUCUUGGCUUUUCGCCCGCGGCGCCAUCUGUCGGGCUUUUGAUCUCACUGGUCCCCCUGUGAUUGGCCGACGGCCGCCGAGAGGCGUGGCCGUAGGUUUCAGGGAGAAUUGGAGGGGGAGGGUUGACCUUGGAGCCGAGGAAUCCGCCGCUCAGUAUAGAGAAUAAGACGACGGCGAGAAUACGUAGAAGCAAAGAGUUCAAAGAGAGUGCAUUGUGUACAUAAUAACGCAGGGGAACGAGAGCAGGGACGAGGAAACGCAAAGCAUUGCCGUGAAAUACAGAGGGGAAACGACACCUUUGUAAAUUAGCUUUGUACAUUAACCCUCCUAUUUUUUUUUUUUUUUUUUUUUUUUGUAUGUUUGUUUAUUGUUGCCGGACGAACCGUGAAGGAGGACUGUGGACGUUGUUAAUUGUUCCGGGAGAAAUUUAUUGUUGCAGACGUACGGGGCAGAGGAAAAAGAAACGAUAUCGAUAUUAGUAGUAACUCGAAGUAAUCGGAAGAUUUGCAUUUUUUCUUUUUCUGUAUAUUAUUCAAGGCUGUCCGGAAAGAUGUGUUAAAGGCUUUGGGUACUUAAUUUUAUCGCGUUAAUAUUUUUUUCGUUUUUGUUUUCUUCUUUAUUUAUUUUUAUUUUUAUUUUAUUUUUUUUUUAUUUCUCAAAAGGGAUUUCAUAAAUUAUGUUUCAGAAAGAAACAGUGAAUAUUGUAAAUUCGAAGAUCGGCGAACUGUUUCGGAGGUGAUUUGUUUUAUCGAAAUUUAUAAAAAAAAAAGAUCGAUAUUUACUUUUUUCGACAAUAAUUAACGAAGAAACUUUCAAUCGUUUAUAUGUAAUUGUCUUAAGUUCGUUUACGUUCAGAUGAAAAUUUUAUCUGUCGUCGAUGUUUCCAUCUUGAGGCUCUGUUAUGUAUAUAAAUAAAUAUACAUGUACGUAUAUACAUACAUAUAUAAACAUAAUAUAUUUUUCUGGGAUAAAAAGUAACUAACGAUUACGUAUCCGACCUCGUGGACGCAAUAAAAAUUACGCAAUGGGCAUCAGGGUGUAGUGUAAUAGAGAAAGAGAGUGAGAAAGACAUUAUAAAGAGAUGACUAUUUUUUUUAAACAAAACACGAUGGCGGAGCAAUAACGGAAGCUUCUUCCUUUCGAAACAUCCGAUGAGAAACGUAUUGAUUUUCGUUUUUCGUCCGGUUAGAAUUUAUUUUAUUCUUUCUUUCCACUUAAACCCGUUGCGGUCGUAUGUCGGGCCACGCUCGACGAUACAUCUACAGGGUCUUCCAAAAAUGUUGGAGGUCAUUGAAAGAGGUGGUUCGGGAGGUGAUUUGAAACAACUUUUUCCUUAGCGAAAAUGUUGUACGAGGCUUCGUUAUGGAGAUGUAAAGAGAAAACCCCGGACCAAUCAGAGCGCGAGUAGGCCGCGGUAGGCGUAGGCUACGCGCUAGGCGACCGCCCUCCGCCGGCAUACUCGCGCUCUGAUUGGUCCGGAGUUUUUCGUUAAUAUUUUCUCAACGAAGCCUCGUACAACAUUUUCGCCAAGGAAAAAGUUGUUCCAAAUCACCUCCCGAACCAUUUUUUUCAAUGACCUCCACCAUUUUUGGGACACCCUGUAUAGUUCGCACGCUACGACCGCAAGAGGUUAUGUUCGUCAAGUUACUCUGCCCUGUAUCGAGAUACAAUCGAUGGAAAUUCAUGAAUUAUACGCGAAAUUGAAUUUAUAAUUAUUUAUGUAAAUUAUAUCACGUUAACGAGCAAUCGUGUUAAUUGCAUGUAAUAUUUAUUAUGGGUAAUUCGUGAGUGUUCCAUGGAACGAUGCAACAAAAAUUUCUCUCGUUUGGCACCAUAAUUAUUCAAUGAAAAAAUCGACGAAUACGGGUGUUUAAAGAGGCAAAAAUUAUUUUAUUCUACUUAAUAUUUCCAUUUUUUUUUUUUUUUUAGAGGCGAGGAAUUUGCCUUUUUCGGGUCUGGGUGAGAUUUGAAUUGUGGAUUCGAAAAGGCAAAGAUUAUUUUUACUUCUACUAAUUUUUGCAUUUGAAAAAAAGAAAACGAGAAAUUUUGCUUUUUAGGUUAGGUCUGGGAUGUGGAUCGAGUAUUAAUGAAAAAUAUAAAACAAAAGAACGUUUACAGUUUUCUUCCAGGGUUGUUCGUUUCGCGAAGGAUUUAAAAAAUCGCGCGUUGUAUGUAUAUAGACCGGAAGACCGCUGGUCGCCAUAUUGUUAUUCGCGAUUAACAGGAUGUCAUUGUCGAGUCCGACGGAUAUCCUUUCUCUCCUUUCCUUACCUUUCUCUCGGACAGAGACAUCUUGUAUGGAAAUUUUGUUAAUUUCAUCCUGGAAGUUUUUGUAAAUUACUUUUCAUCCCCUUCCCCUAUCAAUUUUUCAAUUGUAAUAUUGCAUACUUCUUGCUUCGAACUACAAACCGUUAGAUUUAACAUUCUCUUAAGGUUAGCUUUAAUUGUUAUCAAUUAAUGAUUUAUCAGUAACAGUUACGUUUAAUAUUAUUAAUUAUUAUUUUACUAAGCGUUCGUGUUUAUCAUUAUUAUUAUUAUUAUUAUUACAACGAUUAAUGUAAUUACUAUUGAUGUUAUCAUGGACGACUUUUUAACGAAUUUGUGCAGUAUGUACAGACCCCUUUAGUUAAUUUAUCGUUUUGUGUAAAUGUUUAGAGGCGAAUCCGGCGCAUUUAACGAUUAAGAUAUUUUGCAAUCGAAGUACGCAGCGCGGAAGCGAAAAAGAAAGGGAGAAAGGGAGAAGCCCUCUUGUCUGUUGUAUAUUAUUUUUAUUUCCACCUUUUUUACAAAUAAAACGAAAGCGAGAAUCGGUUUUGACCGUGCUAUGUAUGGAUGAUAUGUUCCAAUACUAGAAUAAAUCUUUCAACAAAUA